AUGCCAGAUACUAAUACUAACAACAGUGGCAGCAAUCACAAGCCGGUGAAAAGCAAUGUUGGGUCUAAUCAAUCCCCUGAUAAGAACAUUGAAGAAGCGAUUAGAAGGUUGAAGAUUCAUGAUAAUAAUCAGGAGCAAGUCGGGGUGACCGAGACCGGGUCAUACCCAGAUCGACCCGGUGAGCCUGACUGUGUGUAUUACUUGAGGACUGGGGUUUGUGGCUAUGGCAGUAAUUGUCGCUAUAACCACCCCCAGUAUGCUGCUCAGGUCACAAAGGCUUCGCAGUUCAGAGAGGAACUUCCUGAGAGAGCUGGAGAGCCUGACUGUGGGUAUUAUCUGAAAACAGGCACUUGCAAGUAUGGGUCAACAUGUAAAUACCAUCACCCAAAGGACAGGAAUGGUGCAGGACCAGUUUCAUAUAACGUUCUCGGUCUUCCCAUGAGACAGGAUGAAAAGUCAUGCCCUUACUAUCUGCGUACUGGUUCAUGCAAAUUCGGAGGUGCAUGCAAGUUCAACCAUCCCCAACCUGCAGCAGCACUUGAACCUGGGGUGCCUCUUCCUGGUGGGCUCUCUACCUAUGGAUCGACGACCGGUUCAUCCAUGAUCCCAACUGCUGGUUUGCCUUACAUUGGCGCGCUUCCAACAUGGUCCUUUCCCAGAGUUCCAUACAUGUCAGGCCCACGUUUGGAAACUCCACAGGCUUUUGCUCCUCUUUAUAUAUCUCCUUCCCAAGGAAUCUCUCCUGCACAAGGCUGGAACACUUAUGUGGGAAACUUGAGCCCAAUGUCUUCUUCUCCAAGCAUCCUGGGUUCAAACCUUGUAUUCAACACCUCCAGGAAUCAUCAAGGUGAGUCGGGGGGUUCCAGUGGGCAACAAACGCAUUUGAUAUACAACGCACCACCUAGUUCUAAUCUUCCUUCAAGACCUGAUCAACCAGAAUGCCGACACUUCAUGAACACCGGCACCUGCAAAUAUGGGUCCGACUGCAAAUACCAUCAUCCAAAGGACAGAACUGCUCAGCUAGCAACCAAUCCUGGCCCACUUGGCCUUCCCUCUCGACCCGGGCAAGCUCUAUGUUCCAACUACAUUUCCUAUGGCUUCUGCAAGUUCGGUUCAAACUGCAGAUUCGAUCACCCGUUCACCACUGGAUACCCUUACAGCUACAGCUUGACCGUUCCUCCGUUACCUGUCCUUGAUUCUUCCAUGGUUACUUAUCCAAGAAUGUCACCUGCUGAACCACCUUCUCUGUCACCAUCGCCGAAUAAGGUCCCCAAUAGCAAUGGUGCUGCUAGAAACAACAAGCAACAGUAUCAGAUGAGUGCAGGUAUGAAUAAGAAGACAAUGGUGACUACAACUACUACUACGACUACUCCUCCAUCUGAUGAUACUACUGACACGGCUGGAGAUCCUUCACCACCACCACACUCCUCGUCGAAGGCUUCUUCCGAGGUUUCACAUGAUUGA